CAGAGGAGAAUGGCCGCAGAUAACGCCUCCUCGGUGACAGAGUUUAUCCUCUCGGGCUUGACAGACCAGCCAGGACUCCAGCUGCCCCUCUUCUUCCUGUUUCUAGGUUUUUACAUGGUCACUGUGGUGGGGAACCUGGGCAUGAUCACGUUGAUUGGGCUGAACUCUCACCUUCACAUUCCCAUGUAUUUUUUCCUCUUCAACUUGUCCUUCAUAGAUUUGAGUUUCUCGACUACCAUCAUCCCCAAAAUGCUGACCAGUUUUGUCUCCAAGAAGAACAUCAUCUCCUAUGCAGGAUGUGUGACUCAGUUAUUUUUCUUCUGUUUCUUUGUGUUUUCCGAAUCCUUCAUCCUGUCAGCCAUGGCAUAUGACCGCUAUGUUGCCAUCUGCAAGCCAUUGUUGUACACUGUCACCAUGUCUCCGCAGGUGUGUUUAUCUCUUUUGCUGGGUGUCUAUGGGAUGGGGAUUUGGGGGGCUGUCGCUCAUACAGGAAAUAUAAUGUUUCUGACCUUUUGUGCUGACAACCUUGUCAAUCAUUAUAUGUGUGACAUCAUUCCUUUCCUGGAGCUGGCCUGCAACAGCUCUUACAUCAAUUUGCUGGUGGUCUUUGUUGUUGUGGCCGUUGGCAUUGGGCUGCCUAUUGCUACCAUUUUUAUCUCUUAUGGCUUCAUUCUUUCCAGCAUUUUCCACAUUAGCUCCAUUGAAGGCAGGUCCAAAGCCUUUAGUACCUGCAGCUCCCACAUAAUUGCAGUUUCUCUUUUCUUUGGUUCAGGAGCUUUCAUGUAUCUCAAACCACCUUCUGUUUUACCCCUGGACCAAGGGAAAGUGUCUUCUCUGUUCUACACCAUUGUGGUGCCCAUGUUGAACCCCUUAAUCUACAGCCUGAGGAAUAAGGAUGUCAAAUUUGCCCUGAAGAAAUCCUUGGACAGAAUUACUUUCUUUUGGAAAAGGAAACAAAAUGGAUGAAGAAUUUUUAAUUAGAGUGUUAGUAUUACUAUUUUUAUCAUUUAUUUAUUUUUUUAAUAUAUUUCAUUGAUUUUUUACAGAGAGGAAGGGAGAGGGAUAGAGAGUCAGAAACAUCGAUGAGAGAGAAACAUCGAUCAGCUGCCUCCUCCACACCCCCCAGUGGGGAUGUGCCCGCAACCAAGACACAUGCCCCUGACCAGAAUCAAACCUGGGACCCUUCAGUCCACAGGUCGACGCUCUAUCCACUGAGCCAAACCAGUCAGGGCUACUAUUUUUAUUUUUGAUAAGGAAUUCAAGCUUCGUGCUUUUCUAUUCUAUAUAUAAGGGAAAUUUUAACUGUCCCAAAUGGAUUUAUUCUCUCUCAUUCUCAUCCCCUAAAUCUUCCUUCUUUAUUUUAUGAAAUAGUUUCUGCGAUUACAGAGUUCCCAAUAUUGAAUGGGCCUUCAGAAUCACUUCGUCUAGAAUUUUAUGUAAUACAUCACACUUUGGAGAGGCAGAAGUAUUUGUAGGUUGUCCGGGAAUAUAAAGCUUUCUGGUGGCAGAGGUGGAACUGAAAAACAAAAGUGAAAAAUUUUGUUGAGUUAGUCUUGGCAAAAUGACAAGAUCAGUGUCUGAUGAAUUUUGUAGUGUGGAAGUGGGAAGUAUGUUAGGUUUCACAGGCAAGUAUGGCGACCACUGGAUUGGUGGGUGGAGUAGUAGGGACAUAGGUGAGUUAGGACUUCCAGGGAAGAGAAAUUGAGUUUUAUGGGGUAUAAAGAUGUUUGGUAGAGGUGUCAUAUCAAUGAUGAGACAAAGUUUAGAGUGUCAUUUCUAGGGUUAUCUUGGUUGUGGUCCAAGACAAUUGGGAACUGCAAUACCUAAUAUGGUAGUCACGGUCAUGAUGGUAUUGAGCACUUGAAAUGUGGUCAUCCAAAUUGAGACAUCUGUAGGUGUGCAGAGUAGGUGUAAUAUACACCCUGAAUCUUGGAAGAAUAUGAAAAUUAAUAUAAAACAUCUCAUUGACACUUUUUACUUGAUUACAUGUUGAAAUGAUAACAUUUUGGGUACACUAGUAUUAUGUUAAAUA